UACGUCUAUCACAACAUAGCAACCGAUUUAUCACAGAAAAAAAUUCGGCAGAAACCAUCUACGAUGAUUGUGAAUGUAAGCGAAUAGAUCAAACGAACGAACGAAUGAACGAACGAACGAACGAACGAACGAACGAACGAACGAACGAACGAACGAACGAACGAACGAACGAACGAACGAACGAACGAACGAACGAACGAACGAACGAACGAACGAACGUUUUCCUCGCCGAGCAUGACCACCGACCAUCGACCGCCAACCAGCCACAAAUACAGGCGAAACAGGUAACUUCAAGUUCCCACAUGGUUAAUUGCACGAAGGGUUACGAAGGCUUACACAGGGGUUACAUGCGAGAGGGGACACGCGAAGGGUUACACGAAAAGUUUCAAAGAAAGGUUAUUCGCUUCAAAAAAAAAAAAAAGAACUUCUAGAUCCGUAGGCAGUUCUGCUAAACAGGGAACACUGAGUCGGGGAGGAGUAGCAGGAGCGAAGGAGAAGGAACGAAAAAGAGGACAAUUCAAUGGAUGAGGGGAAUGCGGGAGACCGCGCCUGCGCACCAGCGGCGUCUUCGGUGCGCGCGCUCUUUCAGCGCGCUGCCACACGCAUUUCGGCGCUCUCGCUUCGCAGUUCAGCAUUCAACGCCUGUAAGCGGACGCCAGCGUGGCGUCCUGUAUGGAUUACGGCUGCGAGUCUGGAGCUGAUUCAGGCGGCAGCUGGAAACAAUGACAACAGUGAUAUUUCCUCCACCACAAGGGCCUGAAAACGAUCAGCGAGGCAUAGGAAACACUUCUCGUACUAAAGAAGCUCCAGUUUUAUAUGUUCGUCAGCAUCAAAUGUAAUACCUGGAGGACAAGAAGUUCGAUGUGCAUCAUUAAAUUCCAGCAGCUAUGCAUAAAAUGACGGCCUCUCACGGUCUAACAAAUCGAAUGGAAGAUGAUUUCCAAAACGACACCGCCGCCCUUCACAUCAGCGCAAACGCCACUGCUGAUGUCAUCCCCACAAGUGCCGAAGACAUCCUGGGCCCUCGCUAUCACAAGCGAGCCCGCAUCGCCAUCCUCAUCGUCAUGAUCAUCGCCUCUGUCGUCGGUAAUAGCUUCGUCUGCUGGAAGCUCGUUGUCAAGGGGCACCGCCGACGAAUGUCCAAAGCCCGCGUGCUCUUCCUGAACCUAGCCAUUGCGGACAUCCUGGUGGCUUGCAUCACCAUGACGUCGCAAGUGGUGUGGGAGGUGAUGGGCAGAGUGUGGAUUGCCGGCGACGCUUUUUGUCGCCUCUUCAAGUUCCUGCAGACUUUCGCGCUCGUAUCGUCCACGUACAUGUUGGUGGUCAUCGCGCUGGACAGACACAUCGCUGUAGUCACGCCACUGGCCCCAAACCCGGACCCCUGGAGACUGGCAGCCUUCACCUGGCUCGCGUCAUGUUUGCCGUCCUUGCCGAAUGUGUACGUGUUCCACGCCGUCCAGGUGGCCCCUGGAAAGUGCUUCUGCGCGUCCAUCUUCUAUGACCGCGACACGCCAAUCUACCAUCGUCAAGUGUAUAUGGGAUUCGUCUUCUUCAUGGUGUUUGUGGUUCCACUCGCACUCCUGGUGACAUUCUACACGGGCAUCUUGUGGACCAUCUGGAAGCAUAGCUCCAAGAGUGGCAAUGUUGGCCAGCAAACGGCCUCAUCACUUCCACUUGCCAAGGUCAAAACGCUGAAGAUGACGGUCGUGGUGUUCGGUGCUUUUCUUGUGACCAACGUGCCCUACAUGGUCCAAGAGGUCAUCUUGGCGUUCGGCAACCCAGGUGUCCUCAACGCCAACGUGGUGGCUCUGUCUGGUGUUAUAUCCGCCUCGAACAGCGCCAUAAAUCCGUACAUAUUUCUGUACUUCCAAAAGACCCACGGCAGAAGGAGUCGCAGCACAGUCGCAUCACUGCUCAAAGGUCUACCCUGCUUCCGGCGCUGGUUUUCUCGUUCCAGAAGAAAGAGCAGCAGCAAGAUGGCGACACUGACAGUGACCUACUCCUGUCGCCACUCGCGGACAAUGACCACAGCCAAUUGCGAACUGGUAUCCGAGAAGACCUAGCUGUCAUUCUUCCUCAUGUCUAAUAUUGUGUGAAAGAAAACGUGCUUGCGAACCAGCGUUUAAAAGUGAAAAGUUCUUCCACUGCUUUCGGCAAAAAAAAAAAAAAAACAUGGGCGGUCAUCUUUGGCCUUUCUCACAGUGGCUCUUCGUAGAAGCCAUCGAUGACUAUCCAGUGCAUAUGGUGCGUUGCGUGUGAAUACAGGAUGUUCAGUAGUACUCUUCGCAGCAAUGACAGAACAUGCUCAUAUUCAGACACACCCGAAGCAUCAUCUCUUGGUUCGUUGUAAGAUCGAGCAUGGUGGCUGAUGUUCUGAGCUGAGUCGUGGAGGAUCGUCCUGCUUAUAGCAAACUACUCCAAUACUCGCUCUUGUUCGACCACAGAAAUAAGCUUCUCAAGUGUUGAAACAAACUAGCAUUUUAACAUUCACAACAGAGGUUGCAUCUGGUGAACAGAGGCCAGCGAUCGCAAUGCAUUUUUUUACGUCGUUUAGGCCAGUGCUUCUUUUUUGUGCGUGAUGUCGAAACGGAGUUGAAGAGAAAGUUUCGACGCAUAAAGCU